UUUGUUUUGUUUUUGUUAUUUUUUAUGAGGAUGUUUAAACUUGCCAAUUGGAUUGAAUUAAGCAAAUAUUUAUGGACCUUUAAAGCAUGAGAUAUUUGUGCUUAGUGGGAAAAAAAGCUAUUUUUUUCAGUCAGGAAAAAAUGAGUUCAUGUUCCACCUUUGCCAAAUAUAAAUUAUGUGGCUCUGAAAGUGUGAUUUAACCUUUAAGAGUCCCAGGUAACUGACUUUGAGUUACAGAAGUGUCCACCAGCUGGUGAAGAAAAAAAAAAAUCCUUACUUGGUACUUCCCUAGACCAAUGAAAUCAUAGAUCUCUCCAAGUUUGUCUAACUAAAACACACACACACACACACACACACACACACACAUAUAUGCUAGCCUUGAAUGCAGAGAACCUGGGUUCAAUCCUGUCCAGGUCACUUUACCUUUCACUACCUUAAUUUCUUUAUUUGUAAAAUGUGAGUAAUAGUUUUGACUGUCUCACAGGGUUGUAGGGAAAGUACUCUGAAAACUUUAAAAUGCUAUGGGUUAUUAUUGUUAUUAUUAUGUUCAAGGCAUAGAUGUUGAGGGACAUAAUAAUAAAAAAAACAGGGUCCUUUCCUUACAGAACUCAAAAUUUAACAGGAGAAAUAAGCCACAAACAGAAAAAAAAAUGAUGGAGUUUGGGUUGGCUGAAAGAGCUCCUUGUAGGAAACCGAAGUCUCUGCUUCUAUUCUCAGCUUUCUUUUGGAAAGCUAGUUUGUAGUCCAUCAAAGAAAAGGUAAAGGUAGCUGGUUAACUACUGAAGCAAAAGACAGGCUGAGCUUGCUGACCAUAAUUUUGAAAGCAAAAUUCCAUCUCUCUCCCCAACAGUUCCUUUUCUUAACUAUGAAUUCCGUAAUCUUUUUCCUUAACCUUAGAGGUUCAGUAAGUGUUGAAGGGCUAACCGGCUGUACCAGUGCUCUUUACCAAGACUUUCACUUGGAACAAAAAGAAAAGCAAAAACCAAAACCUAAACAUUAAAGAGGAAAAACAGCCGUAAAGGAAGUGAAAUAUCUUCAUGUGCCAUACCUAGUUUGUCAGUGAUGCUGAAGAAGGGGAUAUUUCAGGGGUAGGAAGGUUGGACUAUAUGACUUCUAAGACCCUUUCCAGAUUCUGUGAACCCACUGUUACGAAUAAACACAGUUUACGAUGAGCACCAAUUAGGGAAAAUUGCUCUUUUCCAUCUUUUUAGUAUUAGACUUAGGUGUGGAGUUCAAGUUCCAUUCUGGUUUUGUAGAUUAAUUUGGCCAACUGUCAGAAACAGAUAUUGAGGGAACAGAUGGGUCCUUGGCUGGGACCUCAGUAGCAAGUGCAUGAGGACAGUGUGUCUUUAGGACCAGGGGGAGCCGCCUUUUCCCAGUGCAGGGCGGUAAAUUCCUGUCAUCCUAGUCUGAGAUCUGUUUUUUCUCUUGCUUCUACCGCCCUCGUAUUUCCAGCCACCCGUUUUGCAUUUCUGCCUUGGAGCUCCAGCCCCAGGCUAGCGGCUAGCGGAUGUCAGGAGCGCCACAGGGUGGGGAGGCAGCAGCAGCGGUAAUAGCCCGACUGACCUCCCAGCUGGCCCCCUCUGGCCGCCGCAGAGGCAAAGUUGGCGGCCGUUGCUGUGCAUGGGGUUGGGGCUGCUUUUGCUUCCUUCUCUUUUUUAUUCUUCCACCUCCUGGAGAGUCGGGAAGCUGUCCUCUCAGGCACCUACUUUGCAAUGCUGUCGGAGCAAAAAGACGCACACAGCGGCCAUCCCUUGCUCUUUCCACCCGCUGGGCUGCAAGCGCCUUAAUUUCGUACCCACCCUCCUUUUCCCUGUAAGCUUGGAGAGGGAGGGUUUUCUUCGCUCCACCUCUCUAGGAGCCCCACACUAGCUUCUUCCCCGCCUCUCCCUUCUCUUCUCUCCGGGCUCCCAAGAGCCUGUGAAGCUGCUGCCCCGCGCCCGGGGCUCCCUGUGGCGCUCGGGGCGGCGCAGGGCUCCGGGUGCGGGUAAAGAAGACCGAAGGGCGGCCGCAGCCCUCCCAGGGAGCCGGCUUAUAGCUCGCGUGGGAGACCAGAAGAGCCGGGCGUCGCACUGACCUGCGUGCCCUGGCUUCCUGGGGGAGCGGCGUCGGAGAGGUUCUACUCUCUGCUUGCUGUUCUUCUUGUCACCCUGGGGUGCAGCUGCUGGGUCACCUUGUUCCCGAUAUGGAAACCGAGGCUUGGUGGAUUUUUGAGGUUAUUACCACAAUUUGAGAUUCAACAUUAAGGAAAAUGGGAGCCAUUAGGCAAAUGUGACCUGUGUUUUCAAGAUACCAGCUAAUAAUACUGCAAGGGAAGCAAAAACAAUAUGGAUGGCUUAAUUGAACAGAAUAGUGUACUAAUGCACAGUAAAAUUAGUGAAGCUGGAAAAAGGAAUGGCUUAAUUAACACCAGAAACUUAAUGGCAGAGAACAGAGAUGGCCUGGUAUCUGUUUAUCCAACACCCCAGUAUCAGACUCACAUAGUGGGGAAUAUCUCAUCUCAGAGCUGCCUAGAAAACAGCAGAAAUGACCCAGUGCAGCAGUUACUGGAUCCCAAUACACUUCAACAGACUGUGGAGUCUCAUUAUCGUCCCAAUAUUAUUCUGUAUUCGGAGAAUGUACUACGCUCCUGGGGGGAGAGUGGGAGCUCAGACUGCUGUGAGACCACCUUUAUCGAGGACCGCUCACCUACCAAAGAUAGUCUGGAGUAUCCUGAUGGGAAAUUCAUUGAUCUUUCUUCAGAUGACAUCAAAAUUCAUACCCUGUCCUAUGAUGUGGAAGAAGAAGAGGAGUUCCAGGAGCUAGAGAGUGACUAUUCAAGCGACACAGAGAGUGAGGACAACUUUCUGAUGAUGCCACCACGAGAUCAUCUGGGCCUCAGUGUGUUCUCCAUGCUCUGCUGCUUCUGGCCUUUGGGCAUUGCUGCCUUUUAUCUGUCCCAUGAGACUAACAAAGCUGUGGCCAAGGGAGACUUCCACCAAGCCAGCACCAGUUCUCGGCGGGCACUGUUCCUGGCUGUACUCUCCAUUACCAUUGGAACUGGCCUCUAUGUGGGAGUGGCUGUGGCACUGAUUGCCUAUCUCUCCAAGAACAAUCACUUGUGAGCCCCUGGCCAAGGGAGUAAGAAGGUGGAUAAAGAGAAACCAGAGCCAAUGGCGAGAAGAUGAACCCUGGUAUGGGGGACCAGGAAGACAAAUCCAUGUGAUAUUGUACAUUAGGCAUCCCAAAUGACUCCAUGGAGCCCUCAAUUUUUGUAUCUGCAUUUUCUUUUCUUUUUGGCCUUUUUAAGGUCUCUUUUGCACCACUGUGCUAAGCAGCAAAUAGGAGAACUGAAUAUCUUUAGAAAGAAGACUCCAGUGAAGAUCCCAAACUGUGAGGCACCUCUGAUUGGUUUCUGUAAGGCUACUUAACCCUGUGUCUAUAUGGCCCUCUUAAGAAGCACUGCAGACAGUGAUAACAAUAAGCAAAUAGAAGAAGGUCUUUAUUUUUAUGGACUCUAGGGCUCCAGAGACAGAGAGUGCAAGGGAUACACCAUGAUUUCAUAUUGGCACUGCUUGAUCCCUCUUGCACACCUUUAGUACCCCCCAUACUAUCACCAGAAGAAAAUAACGGACAAAAUUAUUUCCCUGUAUUCUUAAGCUGGAUGUAAGGGGCAAACCACCUCCCCAGGACCUGUUCCCAGCUGACACUCCCAUGAGCCAGGCCAGUCCCAGAAUGCAGGACUAGAAUAGCAUGGAAUCUGUCUUCAUCCCCACCACUGCUUCUUCUCCCUGGUGACGACAAAAUGAGGCCAUAAUGGGCCCUCUCUGGGAGUUUUCAAGUCAGUGAGAGACAAGGUGCUUCUGUGAAAAGAAUAAAAUGACAAAGAAAGGACCAAACCCAAAUAGGAAAGAGGAAAAAGACAGCAGUAGCCCUCCUCUGGACUUCUCCCUGUGCACAGCUGAGCCGAACACUAGCAUCGUAACCUCAUGGCAACAGAGCUUAGCAACCCCAAGACUGGAGAUUCAGCCUCGGAAUGAAGAAAUAUUGGGACUUUUCUUUUCUUUGCUUUGUUGUCACUCACCUCAAUGAUAAGCAAUGUACCUAGCUAUCUUGUGAAGGAGUUGAACGCAAUCCUUACUUUGUUGACUAAAUGAAUAGCUUAUUUUCUCUUCAUAUUUUUUUUAAAAGUAGAAACCAUUGCUUCGUGUUGCUCAGUUUAUCAGAUGAAUGCUGAGAAAGUAACAAUCACAGCCAUUUUAAUACUGUUUCAUGUCUAUUUUCCCAGUGCUAUUUAUUUAACAAAAAAAAAUAUCUUUUAGGAUCGU